CGUCCAGCAGCUGAUCGGUAAUCCAGAAGAAGUUUCCCCUCAGUUAGGGGGGAGCUCCACUUUGAAGCAGGAGACUCCACAACCACCCUGCAUUAAAAAGGAAGAGGAGGAACUCUGCAUCACUCAGGAGGGAGAGUGUCUUCUAGGACGAGAGGAAGCUGAUUACACCAAGUUUCCACUGAGUAUUCUCUCUGUGAAGACUGAAGAUGAUGAAGAGAAACCACAAGCAGACAACCUCUUAGCUCCACUGUCAGAUAGUGAGGCUGAAGACGAGGUUGAAGAACCUUUGAGCAGCGAUACAGACUGUGAAGGUGAUAUGAGGACUCACACUGACAACAAACACUCCGAAUGCUCUACAAAGAAGAGUGGUAAAACAUGUUUGAGCUGCUCAGUUUGUGCUAAAAGUUUUACUAAAAAGAGCAAUUUGACUCAACACAUGAGAACACACACAGGUGGAAAACCAUUUAGUUGUUCAGUUUGUGGAAAAAGCUUUUCUCAAAAGUGCACUUUGACUGCACACAUGAAAACACACACAGGUGAAAAACCAUUUAAUUGUUCAGUUUGUGGAAAAAGCUUUUCUCAAAAUUGUACUUUGACUGCACACAUGAAAACACACACAGGUGAAAAACCAUUUCAUUGUUCAGUUUGUGGCAAAAGCUUUUCUCGAAAUAGCGUGUUGACUCAACAUAUGAGAACACACACAGGUGAAAAACCAUUUAAUUGUUCAGUUUGUGGCAAAAGCUUUUCUCGAAAUAGCAUGUUGACUCAACAUAUGAGAACACACACAGGUGAAAAACCAUUUAAAUGUUCAGUUUGUUGCAAAAGCUUUUUUCGAAAUUGCCGUUUGACUGAACACAUGAGAACACACACAGGUGAAAAACCAUUUAAUUGUUCAGUUUGUUGCAAAAGCUUUUCUCAAAAUAGCUUUUUGACUCAGCACAUGAGAACACACACAGGUGAAAAAAUAAUUAAUUGUUCUGUUUGUGGCAAAAUCUUUUCUCGAAAUUGCCAUUUGACUCAACACAUGAGAACACACACAGGUGAAAAACCAUUUCAUUGUUCUAUAUGUGGCAAAAGCUUUUCUCGAAAUUGCCGUUUGACUGAACACAUGAGAACACAUACAGGUGAAAAACCUUUUAAUUGUUCAGUUUGUGGCAACAGCUUUUCUCAAAAUAGCAUUUUGACUCAACACAUGAGAACACACACAGGUGAAAAAAGAUUUAAUUGUUCAAUUUGUGGCAAAAGCUUUUCUCGAAAUUUCCGUUUGACUCAACACAUGAGAACGCACACAGGUGAAAAAACAAUUAAUUGUUCUGUUUGUGGCAAAAUCUUUUCUCGAAAUUGCCAUUUGACUCAACAUAUGAGAACACAUACAGGUGAAAAACCAUUUAAGUGUUCAAUUUGUGGCAAAAGCUUUUCUUUAAAUUUCCUUCUGACUCGACAUAUGAGAACACACACAGGUGAAAAACCAUAUAAUUGUUCAGUUUGUAGUAGAAGCUUUUCUAAUAAGAACAAAUUGACUCAACACAUGAGGACACACACUGGACUAAGACCAUUGAAUUGUUCAGUUUGUGGUAAAAGCUUUCCUCAUAACGGCUCUUUGUGGCGACACAUGAGAACACACAAAGGAGAAAAACCAUUUAGUUGUUCAGUGUGCUGUAAAAGGUUCACACAUAAUGCAGACGCAGUAAAACACAUGAGAACACACAAGGGAAAAUAACCAAUUAACUAUUUAGUUUGUGGUGUGUUGCUCAUAUGUGGUGACAUCCACCCUACCCAGGACCUCCUCACUGCUUCUUUCACAAAUAUCUGAGCUAUUCAUACAAACUUUGAUUAUUUGGAGCAUAAUCUUAUCUAUGGGGUCUUAUCUACUCAUGACCCCAUGAAACCUUUCUGAACAGUAAGAUAGAUGAUGCUUCAAGUGCUUGGUUACUCCUUCUUCAGUCCAGGGACCUGGGGCCUCAUGUGUCAAGUUUGUGCACGCUCAAAAACCUGCACUACACCCUUUUUCACUGACGUUGACGCAUAAGUGAUGCUGGGUAACUGUUUGCAUAACAAACUGCCAACUUUUACUCCUCAGACUGAUUGAUGUACAAAUCAGAGACAUAUGAACAAUUAACCCCCAACACCCACAACCCAACCCCCACCUCCCUCGACAUUCGGGCAUAACAGGUUUGAGAUGAGUUUGCGAAUUGUAAAAUUCAGAUGCUUUUUUAAAUGAAAGAAACUGCUGUUCUAAAUGUAUCCACUGGAUGUCACAAUAGCAAUUCUGUUAGGCAAGCAAAUAGUUUAUACCGGGGCGAGCAAGUAUACCAAGCAAGAGGUACAAGGUAAAGCGGGGCUGUGACUCCUCCCCCUCCACCCAACGUAAAACAGGAGUAAAAUAAGCAAUCAGUAACCCCACUUAAAAUUAGCUUUAUUCAUGCUUUAUUUUGUUUUUGUUUAAUCCUAGAUGGGCUGUGACUUAAAGGCCUACUGAAACCCACUACUACCAACCACGCAGUCUGAUAGUUUAUAUAUCAAUGAUGAAAUCUUAACAUUGCAACACAUGCCAAUACGGCCGGGUUAACUUAUAAAGUGCAAUUUUAAAAUUCCCGCCACACUUCCGGUUGAAAAACUCCUUUGGAUAUGAUUUAUGCGCGUGACGUCAGAAAAUCUACGGAAGUGGUUGGACCCCAUCUGACCCGAUAGAAAAACCUCUUGUUUUCUUCGACAAAAUUCCACAGUAUUCUGGACAUCUGUGUUGGUGAAUCUUUUGCAAUUUGUUUAAGGAACAAUGGAGGCUGCAAAGAAGAACGUUGUAGGUGGGAUCGAUCGGUGUCUUAGCGGCUAAGUACAAUAC